UAAAAGAUAUAAAUGUAUUUUUUGGUCAAGGACAACUAAAUUCUCUCUCAAAAUCCAAAUCCAGUAGUCAAUUGAAAAAAACUAAACCCUAAACCCAGAAGGCUGCUUCAAAUUUCCCGGCCGCCGCCGGCUAAUUAAUUGAUCCGGCCACCAUCAUCACCGGACAUAGCCAUCUUUGUCACCUUGAAAAACUAGGUAAGGCUGAGCGUUUUUGAAGUACAUAAGCAUUAUGAGAACUUUAGUGAGACGGAAGGGUAUUAAGUUUUGUUGGAAAUAUUACAACAAUCUUUGCUGUCCUAAGGUGAAUGUAAAUGAGACACUUUCCUCAACAAAGUUACGCUCAUUUAGCAGCUCCAACAAAUUCAGCAAUUACUCCGAUGAAUCCAAUCGAUCCAACUAUCCUCCUCCCCCUGAUCCUAUACCGAAUAGGCCCUUAAGAGGUGAUUCCAGAAGGCCCUUCAGUCCAUCUCAAAGACAACGUCCCAGCAGCAACAACCCCACCCAUUCUACAACUUUUAGGAGAUCUGGUGGAAGCAAUGAAAAUCAAAUGAAGUCCCCGGAAGGUGAUGAUUUUCUGAAAAGGUUUCAGCUUGGGUUUGAUCGUAAAGAGCAAAACUCAAACUCAAACGCUGCGUUCCACCCCAAUGGUGAAACCAGUGACGCUCCUGCUUCUGAGGCACCUCCGUCUCCACCAGAAGGUGCUGAUGAGAUAUUCAAGAAAAUGAAAGAAACUGGCCUGAUACCCAAUGCCGUAGCAAUGCUUGACGGGCUUUGCAAGGAUGGUCUGGUCCAGGAGGCUAUGAAUCUCUUUGGCCUGAUGCGUGAAAAGGGUACAAUGCCUGAAGUUGUUAUCUACACUGCUGUUGUAGACGGCUUUAUUAAAGCUCAUAAGUUUGAUGAUGCUGUGAGGAUUUUCCGGAAAAUGCAAGGCAAUGGCAUUAUUCCUAAUGCUUUCAGUUACGGUAUCUUAAUCCGUGGACUCUGUCAAGGUAAAAGAUUAGACGAUGCCCUCGAGUUUUGCUUGGAGAUGCUCGAGGCUGGACAUUCCCCCAACGUGGCGACCUUUGUGGCUUUGGUUGAUGGAUUUUGCAAGGAGAAAAGUCUUGAAGAUGCCCAAAACAUGAUUAAAACGUUGAGGCAAAAAAGCUUCAUCCUCGACGAUAAGGCUGCAAGGGAGUAUCUGGACAAGAAAGGCCCAUUCUUGCCAGUGGUUUGGGAGGCAAUAGUGGGGAAAAAAGCUUCACAGAGGCUAUCUAUGUUCUAAGACUUCCCCCCUCCUUUUUCGCCGGAAUUGUUCUAGAGUUCAAUCAAGAAUGGACAAGUUGUAUGAAUAUUAUCAUGUCAUUCAAAUUUCUAAAGGUUUUUUAGUGCCUAUUUGAACUGUUUGAGAGUCUAUAGUUUUGUAUAAAGCAGGUCAUUUUAAGAACUUGUUAUGUCUAUGUAGGUUCUUUGUGGCACCAAUAGCUGCUUAUCCCACCCAAAUUUGUCAAUGUUUUCA